GGAGAGAGAGAGAAAGACGCCUUCGUCCAAACAGGCAGAGUUUGUGGGAGCCCUUGGUCCGGGAUUGGAGGAGGAGGAGGAGGAAAAGCCCGGGUCCCGCCCCCUCCUGCACCUGACGGGCGGCUAUUUAGUUUACAGCCCCUUCCAAGGAGGCUGGAGCGCAAGCCGGGAGCCGCAAUUUUCGGGCUCCGACGCAUGGGGGUGAAGGCAGGAGAACAUGCUCUGAAGGGACUGGCGAAGCACUGAGAGCCCGGACCGUUAUCCAGGAGCUUCAUGCAGGCAGGGAAGGGAGGGGGAAAGCCAGCCUGCCUUUCAAAAUGCCACGAUCCUUCCUGGUCAAGAAACAUUUCAACGCUUCCAAAAAGCCGAAUUACAGCGAACUGGACACUCACACAGUGAUCAUUUCUCCGUACCUUUACGAGAGUUACCCCAUGCCGAUCAUUCCUCAGCCAGAGAUCCUCAGCUCGGUGGCUUACAACCCCAUCACCAUGUGGACUACAACGGGGCUGCUGCCUUCCCCUUUGCCCAGCGACCUCUCGCCUCUCUCGGGAUACCCCUCGUCUUUGGGAAGAGUCAGCCCGCCUCCAGCUUCCGACACUUCCUCCAAGGACCACAGCGGCUCCGAGAGUCCCAUUAGCGACGAAGAGGAGAGGAUCCAGUCCAAGCUUUCAGAUGCCCAUGCGAUCGAAGCUGAGAAAUUUCAAUGUAGCUUAUGCAACAAGACCUACUCCACGUUCUCCGGACUGGCCAAGCAUAAGCAGUUGCACUGCGAUGCCCAGUCCAGGAAAUCUUUCAGCUGUAAAUACUGUGACAAGGAAUAUGUGAGCUUAGGCGCUCUUAAGAUGCACAUCAGGACCCACACGCUACCUUGUGUCUGCAAGAUCUGUGGCAAGGCUUUCUCAAGACCCUGGUUGCUCCAAGGACACAUCCGAACUCAUACUGGAGAGAAGCCCUUUUCAUGUCCUCAUUGCAACAGAGCAUUUGCUGACAGGUCCAACUUGAGGGCCCAUCUGCAGACCCAUUCCGACGUGAAGAAAUACCAGUGUAAAAAUUGUUCCAAAACUUUCUCCCGAAUGUCUCUUCUGCACAAACACGAGGAAUCUGGCUGCUGUGUAGCUCACUGAGUGUACCUGGGCUCUGUGCAUUUCUUUCUCCACUCCUUUUCAACUAGAUAAGAGGAAGGUCCUUCCCCAUCUCAACUCAUGAGGCGCUUUAUCUUCUCAAGUUGGCAACUCCCCCAAAGGUGCAAAACGUGAAUACUGCAGAAAGAAGCACAUGCCAAAUGGACAAAUUUUUUUGCAAAAAAAGGCCUUACAUGCUUAAAAUUCACAUUCCAGCCAAAUGAAAACAUCCAAAGAAUUUUUUUUCUAUUUUUAAAGCAAUCAGAUAUUAAGAGUUUUGGCAGAUGCCAAAUAUUUCAGGUGCUUUUCAGUCUUCCAUAUCAAGUCAAUAAAUGUCCAAGAGGGCAGAUUACUGGUAUUUUUUUAAUGUAGCAUAUUUGAGUAAUGACCUGAAAUGUCUUUAAAAUGAAUCAUUCAAAAAGAAGAACAGAAUGUAUGUCCAUGUGUUUGCCAUAUCUUUGCAAGUAUGUGCCUUUGUAAACCAAUCAUGGCAGACAUCCCUGCUGCAUGCUUGAUACAUAUUUCCUUUUCUUUUUUUAAAAGGUUCCAGUUGUUAAGUUGUUUUUAUAAUGGGAAUAAGUGCAAGAAUGAGGGUUGAUGGAAGUUUUGACAGUAGAUUGCUAACAUUCUUAUUUUCCUAAAUGCACAAAGGAAAUGCAAUAUCAUGAGUAAUACCCUCCAAGUGCCUUUGUAAUGGAUGAUUUUGUUUUAAGUAUGUGGACAUAAUGUACAUAGUUUUAUUUUUAUAUGACUGAAUGUGUUCUGAAUCAUAAUGAAUUAUUAUCUAUAGAAAUGUCUAUAGAUAGGAAUCUUGAAGAAAGCAUAAAGCCAAAUGUCUUAUAUUGUUUUCUAGAAUUUUUGUACAAUAAACAUUUUGGAGUAA